AUGAACUACACCUUGGAUGAGUUCGAUGUAGUCACGGAGGAUGGAUAUAUUCUGCAGCUCUUCCAUGUCAAGAGGUUAGAUCUUGUGCCAGAAGGUCCAGUGAUUUACUUGCAGCAUGGUUUAAUGAGUUCAAGUGCGGACUUCUGCAUAACUGGUAAUAGGUCGUUGGUAGCAACGCUAGUAGAAUCGGGCAUGGAUGUCUGGUUGGGAAACAACCGGGGAAGCUUUUAUUCAACGAAGCAUGUUAAUUCUUCAGUGAAUCCUCAUACUUUUUGGAAAUUUAGCUGGCAUGAAAUCGGAUUGUAUGACAUCCCUGCGUUCAUAAACUUCAUCCUCAACUAUACUGGACAACCUAGCCUUCACUAUAUCGGACAUUCACAGGGGUCUACUGUUUUCUUUGUGAUGACGAGUUUACUACCUGAAUUUAACAAAAAGGUGGAGUCUAUGCAAGGCCUAGCUCCAGCUGUUUUUAUGUCACACGUCAAAAGCCCGUUUAUUCGUGUCCUGGCCAGAUUCGUUAACUUACUGAGUCUCACUUGGAGAACACUGCAUCUGGAUGAAGUACUGGCCGGAGAUAGUUUAUUCAAUAGAAUAGCCAAGAUGCUAUGCCAAAGUAAUGACCUAUCCCUCGAAAUAUGCUCCAACAUUAUGUGCAUUGUCGGAGGUUGCAACAUCGAGCAGAUAAGCGAACCAGUAGUCCCCCUUGUACUCAAAUUGAGCCCAGCACCAGCUUCAGUCUAUCAAAUUUUUCACUUUGCCCAGGAAAUAAAUUCAGGAAGGUUCUGCAGAUACGAUUUUGGAAAGAAGACCAAUUUAGUCAGAUACGGAAAAAGCCAACCUCCCAGCUAUGAUUUGGAUAAUGUAAAGGUUCCAGUAACCUUGUACACUGCAGUUAGUGAUUUGUUCGUUUCGCUUGAGGAUGUAGAAAUACUAGGAUCGUACUUAGUUGGUUUGGAAGAAAUUGUCGUAGUGCCUGAUAAGAAGUUCGGGCACAUGGACUUUUGCUGGGGAGAGAAAGCUCGGGAUUUGGUCUACGAAUCGAUCCUAGAGACCAUUCUUAGACAUGCAGAUAAGGAAAAUUUGGAUAGUUAA